AUGUGGCCGUUUAGCUGGAUCCAUGCAGCCCUCAAUUGGGUCAUGGUCUGGAUGCACCCAAUUCCGCAUCAUCAAGUCGGAUGGAAGUCGCUGAGCUGCAAGCUGAAGCUGCUUCUACUAUUCAACCCUUUUACCGAAUGGAUCAAUACCACACAUGCGAUGCGCAUGUAUAUUCAUCGCAAGAAUGCCCGGCAAGCCUUUGGAUCCCGAAAAUAUCCCACCUCCGCGGAUUUCUUUAUUCGCAAACACAACCCCGGCACCCGUCCCAUUGCGGAGAAUGGUAAUCCCAAAAAGGCUUUCUGCGUGGCGGACAGCCGCGUGGUUUGUUACGACACUGUUGGUGAAUCAAAGCAGCUGUGGAUCAAGGGAACCGACUUCUCCAUCACUAACCUGGUUAUGGACGUCAAUCUCGGCGCUCGUUUCAACGACGCUGCGGUAGCUUCCUUCCGGCUUUUUUCCGCAGGACUAUCACCGCUUCCACUGUCCUGUGAAUGGUACUGUGACGGAGUCGAACUUGUCGUAUUGAGGAGCGAUGUCAACAUCCUAACGACCAAUGCUCGCGAUUACGUCUUGGUUGAUUUACCGGAGUUCGGCGAAGGCUUGUUCUGCGCUAUCGGUGCUACUGACGUUGGCACCGUCUAG